CCAGGGGUGGACUGACCAUUUGGAAACGUGGGCACUUCCCGAGGGCCCGGGGUAAGUAGGGGGCCCCAUGAGAUGCCCCUGGUACCUUUUUCAUAGGCUUUUUUGAGUUUGGGCAAGGACACAGGGGCCCCAUGAUCCCCUAUUGCCCGGGGGCCCCUGGAGUUGUCAGUCCGCCCCUGUCCGCCCCUGUGCACUGGACAGAAACAUGCAGGAACAGUCCAUGCAGGUUUGUCUCGCACCUUUAUUCAGUGUGACAG